AUGUCUGUCGAUCAGAGACGGCGCCUCGACAAGGACAAGCUGAAGCAGCGUUUUGAUGUGUCGCACUUCGACAUCAAUGCCAUCAUUCGCGGCAUUCAGCUCACCCUAGUCGGCGCCCAUCGAGCCCUGCAGAACCCCGAGAUUUUUACCUCGCAGCACUACAAGCAGGCAGCCCUCGCCGUCGCUGCGGGCAUCGCCAUCCGCUUGUUGAUAGCCCUCCCGGUUUUUGGCAUCAAAGUCCUAUUAUGGUUCCUCUCUCUCUUCCUCCCGCUCGAUUGGGUCUCCUGGGAUGACAGCCUGGUCAAUGGUCUCAGCUUCAUCGAGGAGCACGUCCUCCAAGCCCCUCUCUUCUUCAUGAGCCUCAUGCGCUAUGUCACCCCAACGCUAGAUGACCUCUUCAUGUCCUCCCUGGCAUGGGUCGACCACACCUACGCGCUCAAGCACAAGCACGACCGCGACCCGUCCCAGCUGCGCCCUAUGUACUACACCAACCUGCAGCUGUACCGCCCGACCGACGGGCGCACGCACUCGUCUAGCACCGCCGAGUCGGUCACGCUGCUGGUGUACCGCUUCGCGCGUAAGGGGGCCAUCUCGCUAGCCGUGUUCGGCGCGUCCUACCUGCCGUACGUGGGGCGGCUCAUAUUGCCGGCGGCCAGCUUCUGGACGUUUAAGAGGGCCGUCGGGCUGGGCCCGGCGAGCCUGAUAUUCGGAACAGGCGUGCUCCUGCCGAGAAGGUAUCUGGUGAUUUUCCUGCAAAGUUACUUUGCGUCGAGGAGCCUUGUGAGGGAGUUGUUGGAGCCGUAUUUUGCGAGGAUUAAGUUCACGGCGGAGGAGAAGAGGAAGUGGUUUCGUAGUAGGGAGGGGCUGUUGUUUGGGUUUGGGAUUGGGUUUCUGGUGUUGUUGAGGGUGCCGUUGUUGGGGGUGCUGGUUUAUGGUAUUGCUGAGGCGAGCACCGCGUAUCUUAUUACCAAGGUGUCCGACCCGCCGCCGCCUCCAUCGGAGAGCGAGGGGUUUACCCAGAGCCAGACCGAGUGGAGGAACAAGCAGAAGUUCUUGAGUCUGUCCCUGGGCAACCUCGAUGCGCUUCACGAUAAGCCGCCUCCGUACUCGGAGGUUGACCCGCAUCCUUCUAGGCCGUCACGGUAG